AUGAAGGUGUCAACCAAUUUGGCUUUUGCCAUUGCUGGUCUGCUGUCUGCUAAUGCUGCUAAUGGAUUCUCUGUUCAACAAUCUUUAUUCAAUGAAAAUCUGUUACAAAAAGCUUCAGAAGCUCUGAAUUUCCCAAUUGAAAAUUUAUCAAAUGAUGUUAAGAGUUUGUGGUCAGAAAUGACUUUAAAAUUCCCAAAUGCUGUUUCAAAUUUACAAUUUAAAACUAAUCCAAAACCUCAUACUGAAAAAAUUAAUGCUUGGGAUUUCCAUGUUAAAGAUGAAAAAUUACCAAAUCAUGCUCUUAGAGUUAAAAAAACUCCUGAAUCUCUUGGUAUUGAUACUGUUAAACAAUAUUCUGGUUAUUUAGAUGUUGAAGAUGAAGAUAAACAUUUCUUUUAUUGGUUCUUUGAAUCAAGAAAUGAUCCUAAAAAUGAUCCAAUUAUCUUGUGGUUAAAUGGUGGUCCAGGCUGUUCUUCUUUAACUGGGUUAUUUUUUGAAUUAGGUCCAUCUUCAAUUGGUGAAGAUAUUAAACCAAUUUAUAACAAACAUUCAUGGAAUUCAAAUGCUUCAGUUAUCUUUUUAGAUCAACCUAUUAAUGUUGGUUAUUCUUAUUCAUCAAGUUCAGUUACCGAUACCGUUGCAGCUGGUAAAGAUGUUUAUGCAUUUUUAGAAUUAUUUUUCAAACAAUUUUCUCAAUAUAAAAAUUUACCAUUCCAUAUUGCUGGUGAAUCUUAUGCAGGUCAUUAUAUUCCAGUUUUCGCUUCAGAAAUCUUAUCUCAUGAAGAAAGACAAUUCAAUUUUACAUCUGUUUUAAUUGGUAAUGGAUUAACUGAUCCAUUAACUCAAUAUAAAUAUUAUGAACCAAUGGCUUGUGGUGAAGGUGGUGAACCAUCAGUUUUACCAGAAGAAGAAUGUGAAGCUAUGUUGAGUUCUCAAUCUCGUUGUUUAUCAUUAAUUGAUAGUUGUUAUCAAUCACAAUCCGUUUGGUCAUGUGUUCCAGCUUCAAUUUAUUGUAAUAAUGCUCAAAUGGGUCCAUAUCAAAGAACUGGUCGUAAUGUUUAUGAUAUUAGAGAAAUGUGUGAAGGUGGUUCAUUAUGUUACACUGGAUUAGAAUAUAUUGAUAAAUAUUUAAACAGAGAUGAUGUUAAAGAAGCUUUAGGUGCUGAAACUGAUAAUUAUGAAUCUUGUAACUUUGAUGUUAAUAGAAACUUUUUAUUUGCAGGUGAUUGGAUGAAACCAUAUCAUAAAGCUGUUACUGAUUUAUUAGAAUCAAAAUUACCUGUUUUAAUUUAUGCUGGUGAUAAAGAUUUCAUUUGUAACUGGUUAGGUAAUGAAGCUUGGGUUGAUGUUUUACCAUGGUCAGGUUCUGAAAAAUUUGCUUCUUCAAAAGUUAAACCAUGGAAUGUUGCAGGUAAAGAAGCUGGUACUGUCAAGAACCAUGAUAUUUUCACAUUCUUAAGAGUUUAUGGUGCAGGUCAUAUGGUUCCUUAUGAUCAACCAGCAAAUGCUUUAGAUUUCUUCAAUGAAUGGAUUGGUGGUAAUUAUGCCAUUAUCAGUGAAGAAAAAUAA